UGUAAGAGGGCUGCCGGGAGUGCGGUUAGCAGCCACCGUGUGGGUAAACUACCUCUUAAAAUUGUUCCGUCCUUAAGUUUUUUAUUUUCUUAUAUUCUUGUGACAAUAUUCUGAUUCCUGUUGGCAAUGUCGGGCGAGGAGGGUGAGGCGGCCGAAAGGCAGGAUUUGGAGAGGUUGUGGAAACAGGAAAUAGCGGCGAAUGUCGACUCGGAAUCCACGGCGAUUUUCGACUGGUGGGCAAGACUCACAGCACAAUAUGCCGAAAACGCCCGGACGUAUUUUAACCUCGAGUUCCUCGACAAUAAAGCCAAAUGGUUCUACGAGAUCAAGGACGAGCUCAAAAGCCCUACUGCCGUCGCUUGCGCUAUUAUCUUCCAGUACUUUGAGUACGAACCACAAUCAGAGGACUGGCGUGAAAAAAAUUCCGAGCAUUUCAAAGAAUUUGCUACAGAAGUUCAAUUAGACGAUGAUAAAACUAGAACAACUAUCGAACUACUGGACGCUAGCAAGACGAGUAUAACUGAGGAACACCAAAGCGAGGGUGCAUAUGGAUCAGAAGACAUUCACUUCUUCUUAGACUUAGACAUGGUCUAUUUAGGCGCUGAUGCACCCGAAUACCGCGCACAGUCAGACAAAAUGCGCCAAGAGUAUUCUUUUCUUCGAUCGGACCAGUAUAAUAGUCUCAGAUUAAAGAUACUCCAAAGUUUUUUAUUGAUACCCAACAUUUACGUUACAUCUACAUUCCGAGAGAAAUUUGAAGAAAAAGCUCGAAAAAACAUAAACCAAGAAAUUGAAUACCUACUGUCACAUCCCGAGUCACUUGGCUUUAAGGAGGAUGGAUUUCAAGAGGAAAAUGUUUAGAUUCAUCAUACCUUAAAGGUUGAAGUAAAAACUUUCGUCAAUGAAAAUUAGUCGGAAAGAAUUUUAUUGCAAUAGCUUGUAUACAAGGGAGAGCUCCAUAUCAAGCUUAUCAGUGGGGCUACUAAUAAAUUGCCUUUACAAGCACAGCCAUUACUGCUCACACUUUUUUUCACUAGUUUUAGACAGCAAGCAAACAUAAAAGACAUGUGAGAGAUUAGAUCAACCCCGGAACUGAGUUUAUCCGGAGCAAAAGAUGCAGCUGGAUGUCACAACACUUUUGAGUGUAGUAAAUUGUAAAAUUUUGGACCCUCUUCUUCUGUAGGUGCUGAGUAAAAAGAUAUAUGUGGUGAUUUCAGAAAAUGAAAUUCAUUUUAGAAGUUUUUAUAUGGCAGCUUUUUGAAUGAAAGCCUGCGGGUGGUCAAUAUUAAAUGCUCAUUUGGUAAUUUGCAAAAUGCAAUUUGGUUUUGUCAUUUGAUUUCCAAGCUGUCACGUUAACUGCUCAAUCCUGAUGAAAAUUAAAGGAGGCCCUUAUGAAAUUAAAUACAACAGAUUUUAUGAAUUUCUCAUUUUUAACCAUCUGAAUUUGCAUUCUAAAUUGUAAGUUACUCUGUAUGGUAUGACUGAGCAAUAAAUUCAGUAUUUCCAAGCUAAGAACUGAACUUAAAGCCUUCUAAAAGAGGAUUUUAAUUAAAAACUGAGAGGAGAUGCUCCUGUAAUCCCUCAAAAAGAAAAAAAGAACAAAAUUAGUUUUGCUGCAGGACUAGACGCAAGCUGAAAAUUUAAAUAAAAAUCAUAAUUUCAUUGGAA